CCGAGGCGGCGGCGCUGCCGGUUGGUAACCUCAGCGCUUCCUCCCGGCAGGGUGCCUUUCCCGCGGCGCCCAAGGAUGCUGCCCUGACACCCGCAUACCCGGGCAGGUGACCCCGUGGUCCCAAUCAUGGCUGCGUCCCCGGGAGGGAUCCCUGCUGAGCUGCAAGAGGGCAUCACCGCCUUCCUGGGGACAAAGAAGGUGCUCCUGGUGCUGAGCAUCCAGCUGCAGGUGAAAUCCAAGUAUGACGACUUUAUCUUGGUCCUGACACCCUGGCGAGCCUAUGUGCUGCCUGUGAUGCUGCCAGUGAGGGUUCACAGCAGCUUCAGCUUCCUGGAGGUGAGGGAGAUGACAGUCCAAGAGCCCAGUGUGGUUGUCAUAGAAACAGAUGCAGCAUCUUAUGCCUUCCGGUUCAUGUCCUUGGAUGAUUUGGAGCAAGUUGUUAUCCAUGUCACCAUGUCACUUAAGAAAGUCUUUCCAGACUCAUCCCUUGGGACGCUGCUCAAGAACUGCCCCCCCAGCCUGUAUGAGAGGAUCCAGCAGAUCACAGACUCACUGGAGGAAAUGCUGCAGAGCAACCCUGGGCCUUGUGGGGGGUUUUCAGAGACCUACGCUGCUCUGUGUGACUACAAUGGCUUUGCCUUCCGUGAGGAGAUCCAGUGGGAUGUGGACAACAUUUAUCACAGCCAGGACUGCCGGGAGUUCAACCUGCUGGACUUCAGCCACCUGGAGAGCCGGGAUGUGGCGCUGAGUGUCGCUGCUUUGUCCUUCAACCUGUGGUUCACCAAGCUCUCCUGCAAGGACUUCAGGCUGAAUCAGGAGAUUUCAGAGCAGCUGCUCUACAUGCUCAGCAAAUCGGUGACAUUGGAGGAGCUGGUGCUGGAGAACAGCGGGUUGAAAGCUGACUUUGUGCAGAGGAUGGCCCAGGUGCUCAGCAGCCAUCCCGACUCCGUCCUGCACACCAUCAACCUUGCUGGCAACCAGCUGGAAGACAGAGGGGUCAUUGCCUUCAGCCGGCACGUGGAGAAGAGUCCCAAGGGUUUGCAGAGCCUCAGCUUGGCCAGGACAAUGCUCACAGCCAAAGGGAUGAGCACGUUAUGCAAGGCCCUCACAGAUAACAAAGCCAUUGGAUUCUCCCUCCGGCACUUGGACCUCUCUGGAAACCCUGGCACGCUGGCUGGGGAUGACAUCAGUAACCUGCAGAGCCUCCUCCGCCACUGCCACUCGCUCUCCCACCUCAGCCUGGCUGGCACAGACUGUCCUUUGGAUGCUCUCUUUGGAGCCCUGCUCCACGGAUCCCACACCAGCCUCAUCCACCUGGAUCUCUCCAAAAACGUGUACUCCCACAAGAGGGUGAAAACCAUCUCCCCUGACAUCAAGGAGUUUUUCAGCCAGGCCUGCUCCCUCAGGCACAUCUCCCUGGCAGGUACCAAGCUGCCAGCCGACGUCGUAAGGGCAUUGCUGCAAGGGCUGGCCGACAACAGUCUCAUCAGUGACCUGCACCUGGAUCUUAGCAGCUGUGAGCUGAGGUCAGCAGGGGCCCAAGUCAUCCAGGAUCUCAUCCCCGAUGCCAGCUCCAUCAGUGACCUGGACUUGUCUGACAAUGGCUUUGACCCCGACAUGGUGACACUGGUGCUCUCCAUUGGCAGAAGCAAAUCCAUCAGGCACGUCUCCCUGGGGAAGAACUUCAAUAUCAAAUCCAAGGAAGGUCUACUGGAUGUCCUGCACCGCAUUGUCCAGCUCACCCAGGAGGAGGAUUGUCCUCUCCAGUCACUGUCUGUGGCUGAAUCACGCCUCAAACUGGGAACCAAUGUCCUGCUGAGUGCCCUGGGCAGUAACACCAGCCUCAUCUCCCUGGACAUCAGCGGCAACGCCAUGGGGGACACGGGGGCCAAGAUGCUCGCCAAGGCCCUGCAGAUCAACACCAAGCUCAGAACCGUGGUUUGGGACAGGAACAACACAACUGCUCACGGGCUGCUGGAGGUGGCUCAAGCUUUGGAGAGGAAUUACACGCUCAAGUCGAUGCCGCUGCCGAUGAGCGACGUGGCACAGGCCUAUCGCAGCAACCCCGAGAGGACGGAGGAGGCCGUGCACAAGCUCCAAUCCUGUCUGACGAGAAACCAGCUGCGGCAGACGCUGCCGGCGCAGACCUUCCGGCUGCAGCAGGGCAUCCUCACCACCUCUUCCGAACAGAUGGUGAAUGAGAUCUGCCUGAGUGUGCAGAAGCACGUCGACAUCCUGAGCACCUGCACGGGGAGGGAGGUGGAGACCGACAUCCUCUGCGCUGAGGAGGCCAUCAGGAAUGCCAACCUCUCUGUCAGCAUCCUGCCACUCUUGUAUGAGGCAGGAAACACCCCGUACCAGAACGGCAAGCUGCAGCACAAGCUGGAGUGUCUCAUGGAGGAAGCAUCACAGACCUGCAGCCGGGAAAUCCAGGCAAUCAUGCAGGCGGUGCUGGACACAGCGCACGGCCUGUGCCCAGCUGUGGUGCAGAAGAGCGGGGUCAGGGACCAGCUGGUCAAUGCCAUGUCGGAGAGGAUCUGCCUCCAGGACCACCUCAGCCUCAGCGCUGUCCUGGACCAGAUGGUCACUGAUGUCUUCAGCAAGCUGAAUGAAAUCAAGCUGUCCGUCACGGCCGCUGUGGCUGAUUGCAUUGUGGAUGCCGUGCUGGGAGACCUGACCAUCGCCCAGUACAAACUGGCAGAGAGCCUCUCCAAGCAGGGGCUCGACCUCCUGGUGCUGCUGCCGGAGUCGGCUGAGGACGAUGCCACCGCGCUGGCGAGGGGCAGGAAUCCUCUGGACCUUGCUGCAGAGGAGUACAAGAUGGCCCUGCGGAGGAGAAACAAGCAUUUCAGGAGCAUUCGGCCCACAGCAACUGUGAGAACAUCCCCUGCACGCAACCCUCCGGCGGCGGUGGCAGGAUCCAUCCCGGGCUGCGCCGCAAAGCCGCCACGCACGCUCCUGGCGGGCACGGCCGCGCUCUCCUCCCCGCGGCGGAGCCAGCGCCCCGCUGACCCUCCACGCGUGGGCGAAGGUGACGGCGUCGGUGAUGAUGAUGGUGAUGAUGAUGAUGAUGAUGGGGAGGCCUGGCGAGGCCGGGUGUCAACAGGGACACUCUCGCCUCUCGUAGGUGUCUCGGAGCUGGAGCCGGCAGCGGGUCGAGACGCCAGCGGGCUCCGAGCUCACCGGGCGCCGCCGUCACUCAGCCCCGCCGCGCCGCCGGCACGCCCUGCCUCCACAAAGGAUGCUGAGCCUGCGAGCGGCUCGCUCCCCGCCACGCAGCCUGCCACCGCCACCGGAUUCCUUAUGGACCUGCCGACCGCCGGCGAGAAGCUGGAGCAUUGCACCAAAGCCAGGCCCCGGCCCAACCGCCGGCACAAGCAGCCGCCCAGCAAGCCGAAUGUGCAGCCCGUGGCCUGCGAGAACAGCGAGGACAGGAGCAUCACCCGCGUGGACGAGGGGCUGGAGGACUUCUUUGCCAAGAGGCUCAUCACAGAAACACUGCCCCCCACGACUCCAGAGAUCUGCCCGGGAUCAGCCCCUAUGGCUCCCUCUGGCUCCCGCACCCUCAAGAAGAAAAUCGGGAAUUUUUUUGCCUUCAAGAAACCCAAAUCCAGCCGGGGCUCGAGGUGUGAGAAGGAGCCCGAGGGUGGUCCCACCGCCCCCAGGAGCAGGCGCUCGAUGCUCAGUGACAUUUUACGAGCCCCCAGCAAGGCGGGCGAGUCAGGGAAGCCCCUGAGUAAAUCGGAGGAGGGGGGGCUCUCUGCUGAGCCCCACACAGAGCCUGAGCACUGCCAGACCCCUGACUCUGCCCGAAGGAUCCGCCCCAAGUACUCUCGGGAGGGCAAAUCCCAGUCGCUCAUCUUGCUGUCUGGGGAGGACGAGGAUGCGCUGGGGGUCAGGCACGACAAGAAGAGGCACCUGGAGAAGAGCGAGGGGGAGUUGUCCAGCUCCUUCGAGCAGCGCGUGCAGGUCAUGCUCCAUCGCAUCGGCGUCACCAAGGGCCCGGCCGCUGAGAGCAAGAAGCAGCAGAGCAAAGACAGCGAGAUCAAGAAAGCCGGCUCAGAUGGGGACAUUGUGGACAGCUCUGCAGACUCCCCCCGCUCCCUGAAGGCCCGCACACACUCUGUGUCCACAGACGCACCCUUCCGCAGCCUGGCCGCCACGAUGGAGCCCAGCACUGAGUCCCGGCCAGCCUGGAAAGCCCUGGGAAGGCAGCUGCCCACUGAGCCACCGGCCACCAGCUCCGACCAGCCCCGGCGCUCCUUCACCCUAGCAGAGCCCAGCGGGCUGCCGGAGCCCGGGGGCUGGGAGGGCUGGAGCAGCAGCCUGCCACGGCUGGGCAAGAACGUGCCGGCGGCGCUGCCGCGGAGGGUCAGCCAUGGUGGGGAGGUGGGUGCUGGCACCCUGCCCACACCACCCAAUACUGAAGACAACCGGCUGAUGGCACGGCUGGCAGCGCCACGGGGGACCGGCCGCCGAGCGUUGUCCGUCCAUGAGGAGCAGCUCAGGGAGCCCGAGUGCCCGGCAGAGCUGGGAAUGGGCACUGUUCCCCUGCGCCUGCGGCGUUCGCCUGUGCUCAGGCACAGGACCAAGCACGAGUCCCUCUCAGAGAUGGAGGGUGAGCCCGGACCAACCUCGGAUGCUAAAGGUGCCACGCCGCAGGACUGGCCCCGUGCCGGGCUGGAGGAGCCGCAGGCUGGCACAGGCACUGAGGGUGAGCAGCCACAAGCCCUGGCACAAACUGUUGCGAAUGCACAAGACUCAGCUGCCGUAGACCAAAGACGCCCAGUGCCGGGCCGAGAGGAGCCAGCCCUGGGACAGUGAAGCCCCUGCAUGUCACCACGCUGUUCCCAAUAAAACCCUGCAAGCAAGUGCGCCGUGCCGGGGUGCUUGGCAGCUGGGGUGCGGAGAGGGUACACGGGGCACCGGGCUGGCGUGGAUGUGCCAAUGAUGGCAUCGCCCAGUUCUCGCCAUGGGGACAGCCGGGCCACCAGCAUCGCCCAGGAUGCCCAGGGACUGUCAGAGCCUGCAGGAUGCAUCCAGUGGUGUUGUGGUCCCCAAUGCCCUCUGUCGCUGUGGGCUGCAGCGGGGGAGCCGGUGAUUUUAGGCAGCCAGCUAUUUUUAGGAAGCGUUCCCAAGGCACUUUCACCACUCCAGCUCCUGACCCCAUGGGGUAUCGCUCUCUCCAGCCCCCGCCAGACGCAGGCUUCCAUCAGCGGGACCACGACCCACCGCCUUCCAGCACGCAGCUCCAUCCCCGCAGCUCCCUGACAGCACCAGCGUGAUCCUGACACCCCAGUGGCUUUCUCCUGUGCUGCCCUCUGCUCCGGACCAAACGCAUUCCUUACACGGAUGUUUACGACAAACCAAGAUGCUUGUUUUGUUUUGUUUUGUUUUUUUUUCUUUUUUUUUUUUUUAAUACAAGAGCUGUGUAUUUAAAAAAUAUACAACUUUUAUUUUUAAUUUCUACAGCAUAACCCUGCAGGAUUAUUUUUUGUAACAAACAGUGCAGGACCCUACCUAAACUAUUCAAUAAACCAUCCAAGCUCCUGGGGUACCUUUGGAGCACGAUCAGGUCA